AUGAAGAGAUCAUUGAGAGUGAGGAACAAAGAGGAAGGGGCUCAUGGUGCCAAGGCAGCGGGCGGCGUUGAUGGUGGGGAAGGAAGAGAUGACGCCUCACUUGGUGCGGGUGAACCAAGCAUCAGCGGCGAGGUCGUCGUCCUCAAUCCAAGUAUGAAUGGAAAGGAACCAAACCGAGGCAGGGCCCUUGGGGAAGUCGGCCAGCUGCUGGGUGAUGCCUGCAGCAGGAGGGAAAGAGGGCGAGAUGGCGAGAGGAGGGAGCCCAGCUCCAUAGGCGAUGCCUGCAUUAUAGAGAAAAGGUACUUUGGACAACUCCAGGAAGCAAGUGGGCAAGCCUAG